ACUGGGGACUAAAAGCGCUUAUUCGAACAUUGAACCCAACCGAGUUACGGACAGCAAUUGCUAACUUUCGUUGCCAAUUGCUGCUGUCACGGGCUGGCGUUGCCUUGUCAGACGGUGACUAAUUUACCCCUCGUCUACAUAAGCUGCCUCCUAACUUUUCUCCUUCCACCUUGCACAAUGGCUCACCACCUCCUGGUGCUGGCCGUGGCCGCCAUUGUCGCCGUCGCACUGCUCGCGCCCUGCGUCGCGGGUUACCCGUGGCCAUUUUGCGCCACGAGAAGAAACUUCAAGGCAAACAGCCGGUACCAGGCCCAUCUCGACCUCGUCACCGGCACCUUGCCCAAGAACGCGUCUUCGUCCCCGGACCUCUUCGCCACCGCUGUCGUCGGCGCCAUCCCGGAGCAGCUUUGGGCCAUAGGACUCUGCCGCGGCGACGUCAACGCAACGGACUGCUUCAGCUGCCUCACUCAGGCCUUCCAAGACCUUCCGAACGACUGCUCCUACGACAAGGACGCCACCAUCUACUACGACCCCUGCAUGCUCCACUACUCCAGCAACCGCCGCCUCCCCGACGAUGACUCUGGUGUCCCGUACUUCAUGAACUACUUUGCAAAUGUCACCUCGGACCCCGGCCGGUUCAACCGGCUCGUGGCCGUGCUCGUGAACGCCACCGCCGACUACGCCGCUUACAAUUCCUCGCGGCGGUUCGCGACUGGGGAAGCUGACUUUGACCAGGAGUAUCCCAAGGUGUACAGCCUGGCGCAGUGCACGCCGGACCAGACGCCGGCUAACUGCCGAAAGUGCCUCGUCGGGCUCAUAUCACAAAUGGUGAUCACGAACAACACCGGAGGCAGGGCGCUUUGGGUCAACUGUACCUAUCGGUACGAGACUGAGCCCUUCUUCAAUGGACCGGCGAUGGUGCGGCUGGCAUCGCCGAUCUCUGGAGCGCCAGCGCCAGCGCCAACGCCGGCGUUGGCACCAGUUGUGCAGCCAACGAUUGGGACGCCGGCGGCAGCCGGAGGGGCAAGAAAGUACAGUGUUCCGGGCGUGGUCGUUGCAGUUGUGCUGCCUACUGUCGCAGCCUUGAACCUUGUCGCCUGCGUCUGUUUCUGGAGGCGGCGACGGCGGCCAAGAACACAAGCGAAGCAGCCAUAUGCCAUGGAUUCCGCCGAAGCAGAGGGCAUCGAAAUAGUGGACUCCAUGAUGAUCGACGUCUCUACCCUGCGAGUUGCAACAGGGGAUUUCGACGAGAGCAACAAGCUCGGCGAAGGCGGGUUCGGCGCGGUGUACAAGGGUGUCCUCCCGGACGGCGACGAGAUAGCGGUGAAGCGGCUGUCGAAGAGCUCGACGCAGGGAGUGGAGGAGCUGAAAAACGAGCUCGCCUUGGUGGCCAAGCUGAAGCACAAGAACCUCGUCAGGCUAGUCGGCGUCUGCCUAGAGCAGCAGGAGCGGUUGCUCGUCUACGAGUUCGUGCCCAACCGGAGUCUCGAUCUCAUCCUCUUCGACACUGAGAAACGUGAGCAGCUGGAUUGGGGGAUGAGAUACAAGAUCAUAAAUGGCAUUGCUCGAGGCCUGCAAUACCUGCAUGAAGACUCUCAGCUCAAAGUGGUCCACCGUGAUCUCAAAGCCAGCAACAUCUUGUUAGACGUGAACAUGAACCCCAAGAUUUCAGACUUCGGCCUCGCGAGGAUAUUCGGGCGCGACCAGACGCAGGCCAUCACGAACCGCGUCGUCGGCACCUAUGGGUACAUGGCACCGGAGUACGUGAUGCGCGGGAACUACUCCGUCAAAUCGGACACGUUCAGCUUCGGUGUCAUGGUACUGGAGAUCGUCACGGGGAGGAAGAACAACGACUGCUACAAGUCACAGCAGCAGUCCGGAGAUCUCUUGACCACCGUAUGGGAGCGUUGGGAGGCCGGGACCGUGUCGGAGAUCGUAGAUGCAUCCAUGGGCGGCAGUUUCCGAGACGGCGAUGUGUUGCGGUGCAUCCACAUAGGACUGUUGUGCGUUCAGGGAGACCCAGCGGUCCGGCCGGUGAUGUCAUCGGUCAUGAUGAUGCUCAGCAGCGACACCAUCACCCUCCAGCGCCCCUCCAAGCCGUCUUUCGCCAGGAAUCGCGCCGACAUCAUGAGCGUGUCGACGGUGUCAUUGGAGGGUUAGAGGUCAGACAUUUUCAGUUAAUGUCGAUAGCACUCGGAGAAUGGGAACUACAAAGGGGUAUGUCUCUAUGGGUUAGUCCCUUGAGGCCAUGCGCAAGAAGCAUUUGCUGUUUUAUUUUUGUGAUUCGGAGUUGAGGCGAUGGCUGCUACCAGGGUUUAGAGUCGGAAGGCCUACUUAAGGACUUCAUCUCCAAAUUCUUCUCUACUAAUUUAAGCACAACACGAUAAGUAGUCAAAUCAUAUGUAUCUGACUUAUGAAUAAGACACCACUUUCUGUUCGCAUCCUCUUCCGAUGAGGUUUUUUUAUC